CGGCCCAGUUCUGGAUCCUCGUACGCGGUUAGAGUUUGAUCUCAGGCCAGGACUGGAAAGGUGUUGGGUUUUAGCUGCGCCGGGAAGGGUUAGGCAGAGAAGACGAGGGACGCUGGGAGAGUCUGGGGUGCCGAACGUUUAGCGAACGGGACCGUGCGAGCGGCGAAGAACGGGCCUGCGCCGACAUGUUCUGCAGGACGAGCCCAGGGUCCACCUCCCCGGCCAGGAGGCAGAAUAAGGAGAAGGAGAUCAAGGAGACCAAAAUCACUAUCAACUGCGUCACCUUCCCCGUGCCCACGUCUGCGCCGGAGCAGCAGCUUCUCAAGCCCAGCGAGUGGAGCUACUGCGACUAUUUCUGGGCCGAUAAGAGGGACCCUCAGGGGGCCUCGGUGCCAGGGUUCGAGGUGCUGCUGCAGAAACAGCUGAAGGGGAAGCAGAUGCAGAAAGAGAUGGCAGAGUUCAUCAGAGAAAGGAUAAAAAUCGAAGAGGAAUACGCCAAAAACCUUUCCAAACUCUCCAUGUUCCCGAUGGCAGCUCAAGAGGAAGGGACUCUCGGAGAAGCUUGGGCCCAGCUGAAGAAGAGUCUAGCCGAUGAAGCUGAGGUCCAUCUCAAGUUCUCCUCAAAGCUCCAGAGUGAAGUCGAGAAGCCUUUGCUGACCUUCAGAGGAGACAACUUCAAAAAAGACAUGAAGAAGUACGACCACCACAUCGCUGACCUGAGGAAGCAGCUGGUCAGCCGUUACGCUGCUGUGGAGAAGGCACGGAAGGCUCUAGCGGACAGACAGAAGGAUCUCGAAGUGAAAACGCAGCAGCUUGAGAUCAAAUUGAGCAACAAAACAGAGGAGGAUAUUAAGAAAGCCCGACGGAAAUCCACACAAGCAGGUGAUGAUCUGAUGCGCUGCGUGGACCUUUACAAUCAGGCUCAGUCAAAGUGGUUUGAGGAGAUGGUCACCACAAGCCUGGAGUUGGAGAGGUUGGAGGUGGAGCGGGUGGAGACGAUACAGCAGCUUCUGCGUCAGUACACCACACUGCGGCACGAGACGGACAUGUUCAACCAAAGCACGAUGGAGCCGGUGGACCAGCUCCUGCAGAGCGUGGAUCCUGCCAAAGACAGAGAGCUCUGGGUAAAGGAGCACAAGACGGGGGAUCUGAGACCUGUGGACAUGGACAUCUAGACAAAACACACACACACACACACACACACCACACCACACUAUAUGAAUCUACCUGCAUGCCUGUCUACCUGAGUACUUCAACCUCUCAGCCAAAGCCAUACAGGUAUCAUCCCUCGAAGCACUGCUUGUUUUGUGGAUUUCCACUGAAAAUAUUAGAUAAUUACAAACUCAAAGCUUUAUGGAAGAUUUUCUUAACGUCACGUGGAGCGAGUGGCGGGAAAGGACAGCAGCACAGCAGACGCGUUAUGAUAUUGAGUAGCCAUCCAUAUAAUCCUGCAUGUCCUUUGAAUAAGAUGCUACUUAAGACUUCCCGGUUUUGUCUAUUAUACAUUAACAUGAUUCAACUAGUCGGGGCGCCGCUGAUGGAGAUCUGAACAAACGCUGUACAGUAAAACACCUCUGCCGCAGUGGAUGCCUGUUACACAAAUUUCAUCCGAUCAGUUUCUUUUUUUUUUGUCUCGUUGGUGUUGAAGUAGUGUAAGCACACUGAGCUACACAGCUAGUUUGCAGAUAUUUGCAUUUGCCUGGUCUACAGUGUGAGUCAAACAUGUAAACGGACAGCUUCGGGAUGCCACGCGGGGUUCAAAAACGUAAAAAA